CGGGCGGGGAGCAGGCAUGGCGCCGCGCGGGACCGCGGCCCGCGCCAGUGCGGGCGGCCUGGGCGCCGAGUAGCCGGGCCGGGCCGGAGCCCGGGCUGCGGCGGCGGCAGCGGCGGCGGAGGCAGCUGUGCCCCCGCCCUCGCAGGCCCCGCGCCCCGCGCCCGGGCCGCCGGCGAUGGUGACACAUGCGGCGGCGGCGCGCCGGCGGCAGGACCAUGGUUGAGCGCGCCAGCAAGUUCGUGCUGGUGGUGGCGGGCUCGGCGUGCUUCAUGCUCAUCCUGUACCAGUACGCGGGCCCGGGGCUGAGCCUGGGAGCGCCCGGCGGCCGCGCGCCGCCCGACGACCUGGACCUUUUCCCCACGCCAGACCCGCACUACGAGAAGAAGUACUACUUCCCGGUGCGCGAACUGGAGCGCUCGCUGCGCUUCGACAUGAAGGGCGACGACGUGAUCGUCUUCCUGCACAUCCAGAAGACUGGCGGCACCACCUUCGGCCGCCACCUCGUGCAGAACGUACGCCUCGAGGUGCCCUGCGACUGCCGGCCCGGCCAGAAGAAGUGCACCUGCUACCGGCCCAACCGCCGCGAGACCUGGCUCUUCUCCCGCUUUUCCACGGGCUGGAGCUGCGGGCUGCACGCCGACUGGACCGAGCUCACCAACUGCGUGCCCGGCGUGCUGGACCGCCGCGACCCCGCCACGCUGCGGACGCCCAGAUCUCCAAGAAGCCCCUGCCCCAAGCUGAUGGCCCAGAUGCCCAGAUGCAGGGACAUGCCUGGUGGACAGUGUGAGCCAUCCAAGAGGAGCCAGAGGAAGUUCUACUACAUCACCCUGCUGCGGGACCCUGUGUCUCGCUACCUGAGCGAGUGGCGGCACGUGCAGCGGGGGGCCACGUGGAAGACAUCGCUGCACAUGUGCGACGGGCGCACGCCCACGCCGGAGGAGCUGCCGCCCUGCUACGAGGGCACGGACUGGUCGGGCUGCACGCUGCAGGAGUUCAUGGACUGCCCCUACAACCUGGCCAGCAACCGCCAGGUGCGCAUGCUGGCCGACCUGAGCCUGGUGGGCUGCUACAACCUGUCGUUCAUCCCUGAGGGCAAGCGGGCCCAGCUGCUGCUGGAGAGCGCCAAGAAGAACCUGCGGGGCAUGGCCUUCUUCGGCCUGACCGAGUUCCAGCGCAAGACGCAGUACCUGUUCGAGCGGACGUUCAACCUCAAGUUCAUCCGGCCCUUCAUGCAGUACAACAGCACGCGGGCGGGCGGCGUGGAGGUGGAGGCGGACACCAUCCGGCGCAUCGAGGAGCUCAACGACCUGGACAUGCAGCUGUACGACUACGCCAAGGACCUCUUCCAGCAGCGCUACCAGUACAGGCGGCAGCUGGAGCGCAGGGAGCAGCGCCUCCGGGGCCGAGAGGAGCGCCUGCUGCACCGCGCCAAGGAGGCGCCGCCGCGGGACGACGCCGACGAGCCGGGCCGCGUGCCCACCGAGGACUACAUGAGCCACAUCAUCGAGAAGUGGUAGUGGGGCGACCGUGGGGCGGGGCCGCGGCCGGGGAGAUGGGACGGACCGACGGCGCCCCAAAUGCACGGCCCACAAGGGGCUGUGCCCUGAACAGAGAGGGCAUGGGGCGGUGGGGGCUGGUGGGCUUGGUGCUUGCUCCUGCCAGCCCAGGGCUCUGAGACGCCAACCCACGCAGCCCCCCGGCCAAAGGAGAAGUACUUGAAGAACGCCCCACCAGGCCUGCACAUAGCCCCCUCCUCACUGGCACAGCAGCCGAAGGUUUGACAAGAAAAAGUGGCAUCGGCGGAGUGGGCCUGCCAGGCCAGGAGGUCCCCCAUGCCCACUGUGCACACCCCCCUCUCCCAGCCCCACCCCUGCCCGGGCCAGCAGGGUUCCAAGACCAGCUCCAAGCACCUUCCCUGGGAACACAGGCAGCCCUUUGAGGUGUCGUCAGGAAUGGAACCCCCCGGGUUGCCCAUCCCAAGGUCAGGGCCCACCCUUCCAGGCCCAGGGAAUCCCACCCCACUCUCUGGCUCAAGGUCAGCACCCACAGUCUGGCUUCACGCUUUGGGUCAGGAAAUCGAGACCCAUCUCCUGGGAGCUCAGCACCCGUCUGCCCCAUCAGACUGCAGAGGGCUGGGGGAGACAGGCCCUCCCUCACGCACUGCCCCCGUCCACGGGCAGACUACGUCCCGGGAGUGGGGAGACUGGCCAGGAGUGCUGCCACCCGGCCUUGGGGAGGACCGCCCCGCCAGACCAGCUCAGGCGGGCAGGGGGCUGGGAACCCGGAGCCCCCGCCUGUUCUCCUUUCUGACCCUCUGAGAUGUGUUAGCAGGCUGUCCACAGCCCCAGGCUCCUCACUCAGUCGUUAUUCAGGGCACACAUCCCACUGUUCCCGUGACCCCAUACAUAGAGGUACAGCCCCAUCCGUUGGCUGGGACACAGCAGACCCAGCUGCUGCCCGUGAGCCGUGACUUGGGGCCACGGUGGCUCUGGAUGGCCGGGAAGGGGACUCGGGCCUUCAAGUCUUCAACUACAUUUGAGGAGAAACUACCCUGGGUGGCUCUAUGGUACCCGGAUACACAGGCCCUCCCCUCCCUGGGACCCCUGCAUUCCCCUGCACCCCACCCCCACCCCCAGAUGGUCAGGUCCUGUUCCCUGCAGCCCAGCAGAUUGGAGAAGCCAUGUUCCCUAUCUGGUACCCCAUGCCCUACCCUCCUGGGCUAGAUGCCCCCCAGGCAGACCUUCCCCGGUGAGGCUGAAGACCUUUCUGGGGAGCUGAGUGGUAGCCCCACAGCCAAGGUGGAUGGGCACCCCGCCUCCCCAGGAGGAAGCACACAUGCUGGGGGCCGCGGGCCUGACUCAUGGGGGACAGUGAGGGCGAUCCUACCAGGGCCCUCUCUUCCCUGCCCCAGGCUCCACUCGGCCUUCCCAGCUGUGCCCCCGUGGAGUUGGGGAGGCUGGGAGGGAGCAAGGGAGCUUCCACAGCACAGGGCACGCUAAGGGGUGGGAUGAGGUGGCCACCCAAGAGGCACCAGCUUUAGUCGUUGGCCAUCUGGCACAAGGGUCUUCUGGCUUCUUCGGCCAGCCACUUCGUCUUGCAGUCCUGGGCAGGGGGACCAGCAAGCCAGGGUGGGCACUGUGCCAGCCCGGUGUAUGCGUCAUGCUGAGGUGCGUGCCCAGGUGAGCGGCUCUGAGAGGGGUGGGCAGGUCAGCGUGGGGACUCUAAGGCUCAUCUUUGGGGUGGGCGUGCUCCAGGGAGGAGGUGGGGGCUGGCCGAGUCCAGGCCCUGAGAGGAAAGCUCAGCUCUGUUCUGCCUGAGCCCCUGGGCACCCAGCCUGUGGCCUGAAGACAGCUCGAGAUGGCUUCCCGUGUGGGCAGCCCUGAGUGUGGGACCUGGGUUGUACAUACUGGAGUGUUGCCCCUUACGGCCCAUUGUCCCACUUCACACGGGCACACGGGGCUCCUCGGUUUCUCCCAAGCAUCUGGAAAGCAGGCCCAACUCGGGCCAGUGCCCAGGCCGAGGGACCCAGAGGCAGCACCGUCUGGCAGGGCGCUGGAGUCCCGGUGCGGCCCCCUGCGCUCAAGCCACCUGCUCCGAGGUGCAGCAGCCCCGUCCACCUGCGGCCUCCUCGACGCCGCGGGCCCGGCCUGCACCUUCCCCUCCCGGGGAGGGACCAGGGGCGGCAGAACAGUCCAAGCAGUGAGUCUGUGAACUUUUUGGGAACUGGAAGUGUUUAACUUGAACCCAGGAGCGUUUAAAGCUUUAUUUAUUUAUAGCUUCUUAUUAAAAAAAAAAAAGUGUUGAGAAGAAAUCUUUUGGUUAUUCAUACAAAAAAAUGAGUUGAUGGAAAAGUCAGUCAUAAUCAUCUAAUUGUUUUUGUCUAGGUCAAGAAUGAAUGUUAGCAGAUGAAAUAAACCUGAAAAGGA